UCAGCUAACUCACAAAUGAAAAUCUUUAACACCCCCAACAACUCCAACACCAUCACUGGCUUCAUCCUCUUGGGCUUCCCUUGUACCAGGGAGGGUCAGAUCCUCUUCUUUGUGCUCUUCUCUAUUGUCUACCUCCUAACCCUCAUGGGGAAUGGUUCUAUCAUCUGUGCUGUGUGCUGGGAUCAGAGACUCCACACCCUCAUGUACAUCCUACCAGCCAACUUCUCCUUCCUGGAGAUCUGGUAUGUCACCGCCACUGUCCCCAACAUGUUGGCCGAUUUCCUCUCUGAGACCAAAGUCAUCUCCUUCUCUGGGUGCUUUCUCCAAUUCUACUUUUUCUUCUCCCUUGGUUCUACAGAAUGCUUUUUCUUGGCAGUUAUGGCAUUUGAUCGAUACUUUGCCAUCUGCCAGCCAUUGCAUUACCCCACUGUUAUGACUGGACGUCUCUGCACCAGUGUUGUGGUCAGCUGCUGGGUACUUGGUUUCCUCUGGUUCCUGAUUCCUAUUAUCAUCAUCUCCCAGAUGUCCUUCUGUGGAUCUGGGAUCAUUGACCACUUCUUGUGUGACCCAGGUCCUCUAUUAGCCCUCACUUGUACCAGAGCCCCUGCAAUAGAGUUGACUAGCUCUACCUUAAGUUCUCUACUUUUAUUUAUUCCCUUUCUCUUCAUUAUGGGAUCCUACAUGCUGGUCCUGAGAGCUGUGUUGAGAGUCCCUUCAGCAGCUGGACAAAAAAAAGCCUUCUCCACCUGUGGAUCUCAUCUGGUUGUGGUUUCACUUUUCUAUGGCUCAGUGAUGGUCAUGUAUGUGAGCCCAACAUCUGAGCCUGAAGCUGGAAUGCAGAAGAUUGUGACCCUGUUUUACUCUGUUGUGACUCCACUCAUUAACCCUGUGAUAUACCGUCUGAGGAACAAAGAUGUGAAACAUGCAAUGAAGAAAUUACUGUGAAAAAAAAAUGAGAGUCUUAGUUAAAAGGAUAU